UUAUGUUGUAAAGGUGUUGUAUUGUUGUCAAAGUAAAAAGUCAAAAAGGGUUGUGUUUUUCGAAAAGUGAUUAUUUACUUUAUUUCGUUCGUUAUAAUUAAUUAUAAAUGUUUAGAAGACUCUUUUUACAAUGUUGUGAGGCUUUAUUAAAUUAGUUAAUCGUAACUGUGUGCAAUUAAGUGCAAUAGAGAAUAUCUAUCUACUGAAGAUGUUAAAUUUCUAAAAACUAAAGUAGCAAGAAAAAAUGGAAGAAAAAAGUGAAACAGAACCCUCCUUAUCGCCCCCCACUGACGAUAAAGAAGUACUCGAAUCUCCAAGAACCACGGCUUUUACCAUAGACUUCGGGGAUGACAAUCGAAAAGUUGAUUUCCAAAGGCACAAAUCAUUGUCGGAAAAGUUCCAAAAGAGGCACAAAAGAGGGAAAUCCAUGUCCAAGCUGGAGAGUGCCUCCGUGGAAAAUACCGCAACGAGUACCAAAAAGUAUCCUCUCACUGGAAAUAUGCCAAGAAAAUCAAGUUUACAAUUUGAAGAUGAACGAACGAACGAGCAACGAUGCAAAAGUGCGAACGUCGCCAGCUCCAAUCGGAUAGAUCUGACGCUUCCCCUUGAACGAACCACCUCCGAUAGGAUGACGCACUCCUUCCCUAACGCAGCUCUCUUAUCACUAACCAGCCCCAGCGGAGUUUGUGACCUCCAAAACGUUUCUAGUCCUGAAUUUGAACUCAUUAGUCCGUUUAGUCCUUUGGUAGACGAUGUACUUAGGAAUGUUAAUAGUAUUAGUUUGUCCUCAGAGGAGGCGAACAUCGAGACGAACUUCAGCUGCAACGACCUGGCGGAUCUCGACCGAAAAUCGGACACCGUCAGUGAGGCGGGCACGUACACGUUAGAAGUGGACAAUUACUCCGAAGAGCAAAAAGCGCGCAUGAGCAUCGACAACGACUUCAAAAUCGAGCCUCUCUCAGUCGAAGAUAAAACCCAAGAGUACAUCAAGAGCCUCUCGAUCGGUCGAUUUUUACCGGAGGGUCAGGAUCUGUGUCUUCAAUCCAGCUCCGGUUCUUCUGCCUUCUCUAGUAUGCACAGCAGUUUUUCUGGAGGGCAUCCAAUACCGCCAGUACCACCGUUGAAACCUCAUCCGAAUGAACGACCCGUCGAACUCCUCUUCAAAGGCCCAACAAACCCCUCCGGCGACUAUCCCCUAAAAAAGGUGCUGUCACCGAUUUUGUCGCCGACGCAAAACGUCUCGAUCGCGGGCGGCGACUGCGCGCCCCAACAUUCACCGGGCCACGCCCCUCUAACGAAACUCAUGCCAAAGGUCAGUGAGUGUUCCGACAGUGGCGCCAUCAUAUCGGUGACAUCUAGCGGCGUGUUUCGCACCAAAGCCGAGGAGAAGCGGAGACGCGAACGUAAUCGGAGUUUGACGAAGUCCGAGGUGCACGUGGAGGCGUACGUGGACGGCCGGAUGUACAGCGAGCAGAAGAGCAACAACGUGACGGUGGUGCCGAGACCAAAGAACCAACUGACGGUGAACGUGCAGAAUAUUGAGGUGGUGCCGGGGAACGGUGACGACCCGGGAAACGUGGUCAGCGCCAGUUUGGUCUUUGGUAAAAUGGGGAAUGUUGCUACCGUCACCACCGGUCUUCCUCCCGUCCCGACGGAGGGCAAAACGUCCCCCUCGAAAAUCCCGUCGCCGAUUCACACGCUCUCGCGGCCCCGCAGUCGCUCGAGCAUCUCCGCCCUCGCGGACGACUUCGACACCGAAAUGAUCCUGAAACCGACACGGAACUACAUCAACUCGCUGCAACGGAAACUGUCACUGGACAACAGCGACCCGGACAGCGAUUACGAGAUCAAAUUGGGAAUGCAGUUGAACAACACGGCGCAUUUGCUUAAGCAACGAGCGCUACACACCAGACACAACUCCUUAGAUGACACGAGGACGAUUAAUAACAAACUGGAGCAUUUUCAGAGCAAGAAUUUGCAGGCGAUCGAUCAAACUUACACCAACGUGUUUAAUCAAUACGGGAAGCAGAAUAAUGUGGUCGUGAAUAAGAUUAAUAAUUCGCCUAGCAACAGCCCCGUAAGGAGAUCGAGCAGUUUCUCGAACAGGAAUCAGAUGUUUAGUGCGAAGAGCACGAAUAUGGUGCAGAAGGGGUCGAACUGUUGCGCCUCGCCCAGUUUGGGGAAGAACGAGAGGAUCCAGAGGAGCUCGUCCACCGCGAAUAUUAAGCCCGGUUUUGCGGGGGGUAAUGCCCGCCUGGGAGUGGUGGAGCACAAAAAGAUCGACAGGAGUCAGUUCGGCGAUACGGAGUCCAGUUCGGAAGAGGACCUGGACCCGAACCUGCAAAAGAAGAAGGAUCUCGGCAGUUUAACGAACACCAGGUGCAACCGAACGUUCAGUUUGAGGAGGGCGCGGGUGGACAACGAGGCGGCGAACAAACUUAAGUGCCCGAACACGCCGGACAUGCGCCGUAAGACGUUCGGGGGGGUCGGCACCAAGCCCGAGAGGGCGAUUUCCAUGGAUAGGAAACCCGUUAAGACCAAUGAGGUGCAAAGUCGGUACCUCCUUAGUUUAAACAAAAGGGCCACCUCGAUACCGAAGGAGUUACCGAAGCCGGCUUCUAAACCUCCGUGUCCAUCUACGAAACCGGCGGUUGCCCUCAAGGCCGGUUCGCCGUUUUCUCGGGAAACCGGCCGGUUCAGCAUGCGCACGCAGAAACCGUCACCCGUCGCAGUAGGCGGGGCCCCAAAGACCGGAGUUAGCAAAAAAGACGGUAAACAUUCAAAGCAGAAUAACGGAGGUAGAAGCAAUUCGUCUCUAUCCAGUCGAGAGGUGGAAUUUCAAAAUUGGAAACGCCGAAAAACUUACGAUCCCAUGAAAGCAGCCGCAGAGGGUAAAAGAAAAGAGUUGGAGAAACGGUUGAGUGGUAUGACUGGCAACGCCGCAAAAACAGGAGCUAGUCCAGAUAGUUCGCCAUCCCACUCUGGAUCCGUACAUCGAUCACAGAGCUUCCACGGAACGGCAGCUUUAGAACAAUUGAUCAGCAGCGACGAAGAGGAGGACGCGACCGACGAGGGCUUCAGUCCGCCCACGCCGAGUCCCUGCGACCUCAGCCCCACCAAAGCCACCCUGAGGCACACCCUCUGGGAUCGAAUACAUAAUAAUUAAGUAAAACAAUUAUUUUUCUUUUUAUCUUCCUUUAUUCUUAUAGUAGCAGUGUAAAUAUAUUUAUCAAAUUGUUUAUGAUGAUACGUGAUGGAAACUGCAAGUAUAUAACUCCGUUCAGUAUAAUAAUAAUAAUAGCGUGUAUCCACUUACGCAUUAUGAAUGCCGAUAACGUUUUGAGUAUUAUGAUUCGUUUCUGUUUGGUCCGAAAGCACAUUUUUUAGCAGUUUUUCUAUGUUAAAUUAUUAAAUUGUUUCAUUUAUAGUCGAAUUAAAUUUAUGAGCUUUUUUAUGGUUA